ACAGGAGAUUCUGAGAGGGGGAAACGGAAUUGAGAGGCCAAAGCGGGGAAGAUAGAACGUGAGGGUCAAUUUAUUUUCCCUUCCUCGACAGCAGUUUUAGAGAUCGAAAUUGCGCAGAGAAGGCACCUUUCAACACUGCAACCCUUACCUCUGUCCUUCUCCUCCUUCUCCUUCGUCUUCACCAUAACCCUCGUCUUCAUCUUCUUCUUCUUCUUCUUCUUCUUAGCUUCUUCUCAUGUGGGUUUUUUUUCCUGGCGCGGUCGCCUACUUCAAAAUCUCUCUCUCUCUCUCUCUCUCUCUCUCUCUCUUGAUCACGUUGGAUUUGAUCCGGAGAUUUAGGUGAAUGUGAGCUGGUUUGCCGUUUGGGUUUCGGCGAUAUCUUCUUCUGGGGGUCAUCUUGGAGGCCAACACAUUCGAAAGGUCUCCAAUGGAGGAAGAUCUUCACCGAGAGACUAAGCUGAUGGCGAGCAGCGGUGUACUCUACAUCAAGCUGAACAUCCAGAAAGCUCAGUGCAGCAGUGAAAAAGACGGUGGUAGCAGUUAUGAGGAAGAAGACGACCACGUGGAGUAUCCGGCGGCAUCUGAGUCGACUUCUCCGGUAUGCAUGUUUUGCAGGAAAGGAUUUAGCUCAGGGAAAGCUUUGGGCGGUCACAUGAGAAUUCACGCUCAGUCCACCAAAGAGCCUCUGCGCAAGAAGAUUCACGGACGGAAGAUCAAGAGAAGCGGUACCAAGAACAACAGCCGGCGGAGCUCGGCCACGAUGGCGGGAGGUCAGGAUGAUCACCAGACUUGUGUGAUUUGUGGCAAGAGUUUCCCUUCGAUAAAGUCCUUGUACGGGCACAUGAGAUCGCAUCCUGAGAGGGAAUGGAGGGGAAUUCAGCCUCCUUCAGCCGCUGCGGCCAAACAAAGCUCACCAUCCACUGUCUCGGAUUCGGUGGUUGUUCGGAAGGCAGACGAUGAUCAGAUUGGUUCUGAUGAUGAUGCUAAGGAGAGGAGCUCAGGUGCUGUAGAUCUAUCAAAGUCCGUCCCAGGAUGGGGGGUCACCGCUAAAAGAGGCAAGAAAGCCGGUACACCCUCCGUCGCAGGCUCAGGCUCAGGAUCAGGAUCGGGGUCGAGGUCCGGUUCGGGUGAGGGUGUGGGUUUAGACGCACAGGUGCAAGAAGCUCUUGUGAUGCUUGCUGAUGGGAAUCCACCGAGUAAAGUCUCGCCAUUGAUUAGGCCCAGAAUCGACGCAACAACUGAUGACAAGGAUGAGCAUAGGAUGGAGGAGAAUUGCAAAGCGAAUUGCUGCAUAGAUUCUUAUUCUGGCAUUGAAGCUAGAAACUGCAGUGCAAUAGCAGAAAACAAAGAAGUGGAGGCCUUUUCAGAAACUGAGUUAAAACCUAAAAAGCCUGUAAAUAUGAUGAUGAACCGUGUUAAAGAAGAACGGGUACAACGUUCCUACUAUAAACUUGGCAGCGAGUUGAAGAAGAGUAGAAGGAUCAAAAGGUUCAGGGACUUGGAAGAACUACACGCUGAUUACGAUGUCCAGAAUAGAAUCGUCGAUCCUGCGACACCUGGUAGGUUCAAGUGCAGUAUUUGCAACAAGUCCUUUUCAAGCCACCAAGCCUUGGGUGGUCACAAGUCCAGCCACAGCAAGCCCACCAAGAACAGUCAAACUAUCAGAAGAGAUCGUGAAACAGUGUCGGCGGAGUUCUCAGCAGUGCCUGGGAGUUACAGGCUUGAUGCAGACUUGAGUACCCCGUUGAGCCAAGUGGCUAAUUCGCCCAGCGCAAUCGGCGAGAUGAGCAGCAAAGUGUUGGAUUUCGACCUCAAUGAGCUCCCACCCAUGGAAGAUGAUAAGGAAAGGGUUGUUGGUCUUGGUGCUGAUUCUGGACAUUGCAGUGGGUGAACCAUGCAGUGGAGCUGGUUUUUGUACAUUCCCUCUGACAAAUUGGAUUUAGCAAUAAUCGACUGCUACAAACUUUGAUGCUCCUAGGAAGUGUAGAAAAAGUCUUUCAGGUCAUCAGUAGGAAAUCAAGUUUUGAGCUUUUUCUGAUAGUUUUUACUUUUUUUUGUCCGUUUCUUCUCGGUGAUGGCUUCUGAUAUUAGGAAAAAUUCGGGGUCUUUGAGGAACCCUCUUGGUUC